AUGUUGCUUGACACUGCUUCUAACGGUAACUUCCUGAACAAGGACGUAGAUGAAGGUUGGCAACUGGUUGAAAAUCUCGCCCAGUCUGACGAGGAUGGAAUGUUCCUACAACGACCUGAACGUCAAAUUCGAAGCUCUGAAUUCGAAGAUAAGGUACAUGGAAGGCUAAUCCGCUUCUACUUCUGCACCAAAACUGGACAAUUCCCAGGAAAGGCUGUUCUGAACCCCAAGGAGUUCGCCAAUGCCAUUACGCUGAGAAGUGGGAAAGCAUUGCCUCCCAGGUGCUUAUGUGAUCUGGGCGCUUCAGUUAAUCUAAUGCCAUUCUCUGUGGCUAAGAAGUUGGGUUUCACAAGGUUUAAGGGUUGCGACAUCUCCCUCAUCCUUGCAGAUAGAUCAGUGAGACUCCCACAUGGUACACGGUUCCAGCAACUGGUAGCUUACGCCAGCCUAGACGAUGAGAACCAAUCAGGGGAGGAAUCCGCCGAGGGAGCACCUGCUCCGGAUUCCGGAGCACAUGCUCCGGUAAAAGAACAUCAGAGGAGGUUGAACCCGAAUCUAAAGGAUGUUGUUAAGAAAGAGAUAAUGAAACUUCUAGAUGCGGGUGUAAUUUAUGCUAUUUCUGAUAGUUCCUGGAUUAGUCCAGUUCAUGUAGUCCCUAAGAAAGGUGGAAUUACAGUGGUUAAGAAUGAUAAGGAUGAGUUGAUUCCUACUAGGACAGUUACGGGACAUCGCAUGUGCAUAGACUAUAGAAAACUUAAUGCUGCGACCCGUAAGGAUCAUUUUCCUUUGCCGUUUAUUGAUCAAAUGCUUGAGAGAUUGGCUAACCAUCCUUACUACUGUUUCUUAGAUGGCUAUUCAGGUUUCUUUCAGAUCCCAAUCCAUCCCGACGAUCAAGAGAAGACCACAUUCACAUGUCCUUACGGCACCUUUGCUUACCGCAGAAUGCCGUUUGGCUUGUGCAAUGCACCAGCGACCUUCCAACGAUGCAUGAUGUCCAUUUUCACUGACCUGAUUGAGGAUAUAAUGGAAGUUUUCAUGGACGAUUUCUCCGUCUAUGGGAGCUCCUUUUCCGUUUGUUUGUCUAAUUUGUGCAGGGUGUUGCAGCGGUGUGAAGACAAACAUCUGGUGCUGAAUUGGGAGAAAUGCCACUUCAUGGUCAGAGAUGGGAUAGUGCUGGGACACAAGAUUUCUGAAAAGGGGAUUGAGGUUGACAAAGCCAAGGUUGAGGUGAUGAUGAGUUUACAACCACCUAAUUCGGUAAAAGGGAUCCGCAGUUUCCUUGGCCACGCCGGUUUCUACAGACGGUUCAUUAAGGAUUUCUCCAAGAUAGCAAGACCUCUUACCCAGCUGUUGUGUAAGGAAGUGAAGUUUGAUUUCGAUUCUACUUGCUUGGAAGCAUUUCACACGAUCAAGGGAGCCUUGGUUAGCGCUCCGAUUGUACAACCGCCAGAUUGGGACCUUCCCUUUGAGGUCAUGACUGAUGUGAGUGACUAUGCCGUGGGAGCAGUUCUGGGACAAAGAAAAGACAAGAAGCUGCACGUGAUAUACUAUGCCAGCCGCACCUUGGAUAAGGCUCAGUGCAAGUACGCUACAACCGAGAAAGAACUUUUAGCGGUUGUGUUUGCUUUUGAGAAGUUCCGAUCAUACCGUGUUGGUUCCAAAGUGGUUUUUCACAAUGAUCAUGCAGCGUUGAGGUAUCUACUGACCAAGAAGGAUGCAAAACCAAGGCUACUCCGUUGGAUUUUGUUGCUUCAAGAGUUUGACUUGGAGAUUAAAGACAAGAAGGGCAUUGAGAACGGAGUUGCAGAUCACUUAUCAAGAAUGAGGAUAGAAGAAGAGCUACCCUUGGAUGAUAGCCUUCCUGAAGAACANAAUGAUCAAGAGAAGACCACAUUCACAUGUCCGAGUUUUCCCUGGUUUGGAGAGUAUGCAAACUACCUAGCAGCAGAGAAAGAACCUACUGAGUUUGUGGGGAACAAGAAGAAGAAGUUCCUAAAAGACAUAAGGCGGUAUUUUUGGGAUGAGCCUUACCUCUAUAGGCAUUGCUCGGAUGGUGUUUUCAGGAGGUGUGUGACUGAGGAGGAGGUCGCCACCCCCUACCACCCACAAACAAGCGGCCAAGUUGAGAUCUCUAACCGGGAGAUUAAGAGCAUUUUGCAAAAAACAGUGAACACAACAAGGAAGGAUUGGUCUCUGAAGCUAGAUGAGGCUCUAUGGGCUUAUAGAACCGCCUACAAAACACCCCUGGGGACUACACCGUUUCACUUGGUGUAUGGUAAGGCGUGUCACCUUCCUGUUGAGCUAGAGUACAAGGCUGCUUGGGCAGUGAAAAUGCUGAACUUUGACACUAAGAGCGCCCAUGAAAGGAGGAAGAUGCAACUGCAUGAGCUAGAGGAGAUUAGGCACCUCGCCUAUGAAAACUCAAAACUCUACAAGGAGCGUACCAAAGCCUACCAUGACAAGCGGAUCCUCACUAGGACCUUUGCUCCUAAUGAUCAAGUCUUGUUGUUCAACUCUAGGCUGAAACUGUUUCCCGGAAAGCUAAGAUCACGAUGGUCCGGACCCUUCACCAUCAAGGAGAUUAGACCAUAUGGGGCUGUUGUGUUGCUGGACACAAAAGGAGGAGAAUUUGUGGUGAAUGGACAGAGGCUGAAGCCGUAUCUUGCUGUCUCUGAGCAUGCAAGGGGUGAGACCGUCACCCUAGGCGAUCCUCCUACUGCCUAA